AUGAAUGAGUUGAGUGAGAGAGUGAAAAAAAGAAGGACCGACUCCAUUGAGGAAUGUUGUGGUGGCGGGCAUCACGAUCGGUUGCGUAUUGAUCAUGGUGCUCCUAAUUUGUACACCCCUCUGUAUCAGGAGGGCCAAGAAAAGAUAUAUGGACAUAAACAUACAGCCUCCGACUAUUCACUUGCUACUGAAUGCGUUGAGAACAUGGGACCUGAGUGUGUCUAUGAGGAAGGCUUUCCAGUCUUUCUCACGUGUCACAUCUCCACAACUGAAGACUUCACAAGAUAUAUGGUAGAAAAAGAGAACAGAGAAAAGGCAGAGAGAAGAAAGAGUCUUGAAAAUUAUUGGAGAUGGAAGAGGGACGAUAAUAUUUUUAAUAAAUUCGUGACAAAUUCUAAUAACAAUAGUAAUUAUAAUUAUACUACUGCUACUACUACUACUAAUAAUAAUAAUGAUAAUAAUAAUAACAACAAUAAUAAUAAUAUUAAUAUUAAAACCACCAACAACAAUGCCACCAUCACCAACAACAACACCGAAAAGAAAGAAAACAUGACCAUAACGAUCGUUCCCAACAAUAUCAUUCAUUCAGCACCAACAACCCAAACAACUGCAUCGACUAAUGCUGCAGCAGCUAUUGUAGCUACCACAACGACUACUGCUACCGUAGAAGCUACAACCAGCACAGUUGCUACAAAAGCAGCUUUUACAACUUCAACAGCAACAACAACAGCCGCUGUAAUAACGACUACUCCACUUUAUUUGACCAUAGAUGAGAUCGGGCUGAUGGUUGACAAUAAGCCCCAUGCCAUUUACAACUAUACGCAAGAUGGCAAAAACGCGAUUAAAGUGGCGUUCAUAGCUUCACACGAGUUCGAUCGAUGUUAUGCGCACUGCAAGUAUUUGGGUGGGAGGAAAAACGUGAAAGAGUAUGAAUACAAAAUGUUGAGAAUGUAUUGGACAGUUGAUUACUACCCAGAUGACGGUCAUGAUGAUGAUGAUGGUGAUGGUAACCAUGGUAACGAUGGUAGAAUUAACGUCAUCGAUGAUAGUAAGGCAACAUGGUCUGUAUGUCCAAACAUAAAAAAUGGUGAAUCAUCAUCAACAGCAGAAUCUUCAAUGCUAUCAUUGCUAUUCCUCAAUCCUAAAAGUGGAGGUGGUAGUAGUGAUAGUAGUGGCAGUAGUGGUGGUAGUGGUUUGAGACGAAUUUGUGUUAAGCUGGUAGCAUUUUGGCGAAUUAAGUUCAAGUACAAGGCUCCGUUUGUAAAUUUUCGUAACCACACAUCACCUCUGUACUGUAAACUUCUUGACCCCAGAAACCCGAGACCGACUCCAUUGAGGAAUGUUGUGGUGGCGGGCAUCACGAUCGGUUGCGUAUUGAUCAUGGUGCUCCUAAUUUGUACACCCCUCUGUAUCAGGAGGGCCAAGAAAAGAUAUAUGGACAUAAACAUACAGCCUCCGACUAUUCACUUGAAGGACGUUAACAAGAGUCCCUCCUCCCACGAUGAAGCCGACUACCUGAACAAGUACUACAAACCUGAAAACGCCGCCAGUGAUGACGACGACGACGACGAUGACGUCAUUCACGAAAAGUUUUUAAAAGAUCACAACCAUAACCACCACCGAUCUAAAAAUCAUAAUCAUCAACCACCUCUUCCGCCAAACCAUCCUCAUCUUAAUAAGGACAGCAAUAACAACAACAACCAGAGUAAGAACCAUAACGACGACGAAUAUGAUGACGACUACAACUACAACCAUCCGUCGCCUUCAACAACUUUAACUGCAUUAUCGCCAUCAGCUAUAUCAUACGAUCAGCAGCUUAGCUGGGGCCACACAGCAGCUUCAGCAAGCAAGGCAGCUAAAUCAGCUGCUACAGCAAUUACGGCGGCUAGUUCAGCUAAUACAGCAGCUGCUGGCAUCGGCGAAUAUGUUGUCCCGCUUAUAGAUUUUUCCAGUGGGAAAUAUAGCAGUAGCGGAAUCACUGACUAUGUAGUUAAUAGGAACAGCGCUGCUGCUGCUGCUGCUACUACUGCCGCUUCAACGUCUACUACUACUCCUACUCCUACUACCAAUGCCACAGCUAGCGAUAGUAAUACAAGAGACAAAGAUAGGUUGAACGUGGUUAAUAAUAAAACUUCUGUGAACGCGAAUGAUGCUGCGAAUGAAAAAUUACUAGAGCGAUUACAAAUUAAAGAAGAUGACGAUGAUGAGGAGGAAGAUGAUGAAGAGGAAGAAGAUGAUGACGGUGCUCCUGAGUCAUCAUCGUACGCUAUAUUAAAACACGAUGACGUCAGCAUCGACUGCGAUGACGUCAACAACAGUAACAAGAAUAAUAAUAAUAACAGCAAUAAAAUCAUUGAUAGCAGAUCUCAAAACAUAAACAACAACAACGUCAACAACAACGUCAACAACAAAAACAUAAACAACAAGAACAACGAUAUGAAACAUAAAAUUAACAAAGAUCCUAGCAACAACAACAAACUAUUGCAAAUACUUAACAGUAUAAACUACAAAAUGGACGAUAAUGCCGCUACCACUACUACCGCUUCUACUGCUAAUACUACUUCUACUACUGCUACUACUACUGUCGUUGCGACGGCUACUGCUGAUACCACUUCUAAAAAUAAUUAUACAAACAAUAAUAAUAAUAGCGGUGACAUUAACAUCAACCGACCAUCUUGCUCCAUUGCGACAGCUAAUGUAAACAUUACGAAUGACGAUAUUGAUGAUGAUAAUGAUGAUGGUGGUGAUGAUAAUGAUGACGUGGUUGCAAUUGACGCUGAUGAUGAUGGUGAUGGUGAGGAUGAUGAUGAUAAUGAGGACCGAGGAGAUCAUGAUAAUGGUGAUAAUUGUGGGAGUGGUGUGGAGGCUAAUAGCAGAGAUAAACAUCGCAUCACCAACUAUACAGCCAUUUCCUGUAUACCACAUAAUAAUAAUAUUAAUAAUAAUAAUAAUAAUAAUAAUGAUUAUAUAGUUCAUAAUUCCAAGUUUGCCAAAAGCGGAAAAUGA